AUGGACAGGUACAGAGUCGCGCCGCGGCCUGUCUACCUCUCCUCCGCCGGUAGCGAUGGCGCCGGCGCCCUUCCUCUACGGCCGCGCGGUCCUGCCGGGGUGUCGGGGCGCCGGGCCGGCGGCGCCGAGCUCGACAUCUUCUCGGCCGAGCGCUACUUCAACGCGGACGACGUCGUCAAGAACAAGUGCGGGGAUCCCGCCGUCGCCGCGGAGGAGGAGGAGGAGCGGCCGCAGGACGUGGCCAGCCAGAGCGGCCGCACCAUGGCGUCGUCGGAGGCGAGCUGGAACAGCCGCUCCGGGCUGCUCUCCAGCCACGCCGCCCAGUUCGCCGCCGCUGUGGGUAAGGUGCAGAGCGGUGGUGGUGCCAGUGCCACCGCCGGCGCCAAUGCCGUCCCUGCCGCAAGUGGUCACCGCGGCAAGAAGCCUGGCUCCGGCCAGCGAGGGGGGCUGUUCUCUCGGGAUUGCCCCUGCGCCGGCAGGAAGGCGGUCACCGUCGACGUCGCCUCCGAGCCGAGGAGCCCGGUGACGCCGAGAACCCACGCGAGGUUUGACAACAGCCAUGUCGUCGCGGACAGCACGAUCUUUAAAGCGAAAGCGCCGCCGCCUCCAUGCGAGGAGGAGCCCGUCAAGAUGAAGAUAUCUCCGGGGAGCAGCGCGUUUCGUCCUCCUCUCGCUAACAAUAUCUUCUCGGCGGCGCCGAACAGGGGCUCCGGAGGGCCUCCGUUCUCCGCUUUCCCGGUGCCAGACAUUGGCCGCGGCGUCGUGAGCUCCGGCGGCUUCACGUUCCCGGUGGCCGUCGGCGGGACGAAGGUGGUGAACAGCAUUGUCUACGACCCGCCGCGCGAGUCCCUGGAGGUGUUCCGUCCCAUCGACGAGGAGUCGGUGCUCGCCGACCCACCAGCCGAUCACCUGGCGGCGGUGGGUCGAGGAGGAGGAGGAGGCCUCGCCGCCGGCUUGGCGCGCGCCCCGGGGGUGGCCGCGGUGACGGACGAGGAGGCGAUGAGCGACGCAAGCUCGGACCUGUUCGACCUCGAGAGCUUCGCGGCGUCCUCGUCGUACCCGACCACGUACCGCGGGCGCGGCAGCCGGCGCAACUCGCGGGAGGACGACGACGACCUGCCGUACGGUGCCGCCGCCGUCGAGCCGGCCAUGAGCGAGUGCAUGUACGCGCCGAGCGAGGUAAGCGUGGUCUGGAGCGUCGCGACGGCGGAGGGCGGCGCCUUCGACGCGGCCAGCAUGGCCAACUUCUCCAGCGCGGCGUCCGCAUGCUGCGUCGAGGAGUUCAGCUUCGUCCCGGCCGCCGCCGCCGGCCAAGAAGGCUUCACCGCAGCCAUGUCCCGCAGCGCCGGCCGCAAGAAAGGCGGCGGCGGAGGGUUCUUGAACAGCUGCCGGUGCGAGAAGGCAGUCAGCGUCGGGCCAACCCCCGUCCGGGUGGUCCGGCCGCCGGGGGCGGCCGGCCCGGAGGUGACCGUCAAGGCCAGCGGCGCGGCGGAACGGCUUCGCCACGGCGGCGUCCACAUGCCGGUCAGGACGUGA